AUGGGUGUGGGGGGCUGGGGAAGUGGCCCCCUGAUGACGCUGGGCUGCCUCUCGGCCAUCCUGGGCCUACUGUCAACUCUGCAGCCUGUGGAGCUCUCCCCUCACCCCCCCCCCCCCCCAAUCCGGACCCCCGCCGCCGCCCAGGGCAGGGCCCUCUGGGCUCUCCUACUGGCCACACUUGGCACCACAGCCAGCCAGCCACUGGGGGGAGACUCCGUGUGUACGGCCCGGCCCCUGGCCAAGUACAGCAUCACCUUCACGGGCAAGUGGAGCCAGACGGCCUUUCCCAAGCAGUACCCGCUGUUCCGGCCGCCCGCGCAAUGGUCGUCCCUGCUGGGGGCAGCGCACAGCUCUGACUACAGCAUGUGGCGGGAGAACCAGUACGCCAGCAAUGGGCUGAGGGACUUCGCGGAGCGGGGUGAGGCCUGGGCCCUGAUGAAGGAGAUCGAGGCGGCCGGAGAGAAGCUCCAGAGCGUGCACGAGGUGUUCUCAGCACCCGCCGUGCCCAGCGGCAUGGGGCACACCUCCUCGGAGUUCGAGGUCCACGCUAGGCACUCACUGGUGUCCUUUGUGGUCCGAAUUGUCCCCAGCCCCGACUGGUUUGUGGGCAUCGACAGUCUGGACCUGUGUGACGGGAACCGUUGGAGGGAACAGGUCACCGUGGACCUUUUCCCACAUGACGCGGGGACAGACAGCGGCUUCACCUUCUCCUCCCCCAACUUCGCGACCAUCCCGCAGGACACAGUGACCGAGAUAACCUCCUCCUCUCCCAGCCACCCGGCAAACUCCUUCUACUACCCACGGCUGAAGGCCCUGCCCCCCAUCGCCAGGGUGACCCUGGUGCGUCUCCGGCAGAGCCCCAGGGCCUUCGUGCCUCCCGCCAUAGACCUGGGCGGCAGGGGCAACGAGAUCGGGGACAGCCUCUCGGUUCCAGAAACGCCGCUGGACUGUGUGCGGGAGCUGGGAGCCAAGACCAGGACUCGCUAUGUCCGUGUGCAGCCUGCCAACCAGGGGGCGCCCUGCCCCGAGCUUGCAGAGGAGGCGGAGUGCGUCCCUGACAACUGUGUGUGAGCCCUGACCCGUGGCUGGCGGGCCCAGUCGCUUGGUUGGGACCACGCAGCGAGCAGGCCGAGCGCAGCUUCAUCACCUCGGAGCCGCACUGCUGACCGACCGCUCUGCACAGACGUGCCCGCGGCCGGAGGGGACGUCGGGAACAGGCGUCUCCUUUCUGCAAGUUCUCCCUCGUGGCCCCCACACCCUAAGGUCCGUUCUUGUGGAGACUCACACGUCUGCUCUAGCUCACGUCCGGUGUGUGUACCACCCUGCGCCAUGUUCCUCCGUGCAGAGGACGUGUGCACAAUGCCUGGCCGGGUGCCCUGCAGGACAGCCGCCCACCCCAGGCCAGGGGCCGAGCCUCACGUGCUGCCUGUGAAACACCUCGGUCCUGGUGCCCAGGCGGCCGCUGGCACAGGAGCCCUGAACUCAUGCCUGCUCCUCCGAGCAAGGCUGCCCCGGGCACUGGCUGCUCCUGGCAUCCCAGCAGUGAUGCUAGGGGAGAUGAAGAAAGGGGGGCAGGCUGGGACACCGCACCUGGCAUUGUCACAUGACUGAUCUGUGCACUUGAAUAAAGACUAUCUGUUUCCUGACA